GAACUACCGAAAAUUUGCAGAAAGAGUGAAUAUAAUGCGGUCAGUAUUCAUAUAUUCAAUGAUGAUAUCAGUGAAUAUGGACAUAUUCAACAUGGGGCAGCUGUGUUGCUGACGCCUUGUCACCUUGGCAAUAGAAUGUUUUGAUCACGUGAUACAAACAACUUCGAAAAUACACAUUUGACUUUUAACAAACUACACUCUGGAAAACCUUGACUUUUUGCAAUUUUUCUUGUAAAAUAUGGACUCUUUCGACCGUAAAACGAACGACGUGGAUAUUAUGAUUACUGCUCCUUCCGAUAACGAAGUGGAAGGCUUUUCCUCGGGGUCGGAAGACGAAAAUCUGAGCGAGGAUGAAGGCGAAACGGUUGAGCAUUCGACCAGUUCGGAACCAAAUAUUGACAAGUCUUCGACUGUGGAAGACUCGAAAAGUCCUGAAAAUCCUAACGAUGGCGGGGAAAACGGAUUAUGCGAAAGAUUCGAUAGCGGUGUAAGUUUAAACGAAGAUAAAUCGACCGACGAGCCGCAACAAAACGGAGAAAAAAGCAGCCAAAAUUAUGAAAUUGUUGGUGAUAGAGUACUCGUUGAAAAAGAUGGCAAAUUUGAACUGGUCGACGCGAAUGAAAUAAAAGCGGAAUACUUUGAAAUGUUGGGUAUUAAACCAGAGGGUAGUGUAGAAGGCAGUCAAAGCUCUCAAAAUGGCGAUAUUAAAGAGAAAUCCGAGAGUUCUGAACCAAUUGUUAGACAAAGACCAAAAACAACCCCAGCAUUUGGAUCUAGGGGGAAAGACGGGAAAAAUACCACCCAAGCGCCCAGGAAACGGGUGCAGAGCUCUUGGGGUUAUAGGAAUAGCGAGUACUCUAAAAUUAAGUCCCCCUACGGUCUGACCGAACGGCAGUUGGAGAUCAAACGCAAACGGGAAGAGGCGAUCGCUCGGCGGAAGAAAGAGGAGGCUGAUCGCCAAAAGGAAGAAGAGAAACGUAAACGGGAAGACGCCGAACAAGCUUUUCAGGUUAGUUGUGAUCGGCUGAUCACAAAAUUAUCUGGCGUUAAACAGAGUAAAACUGGCUGGCGUUAAACAGCGUAAAAUCGUCUGGCGUUAGACAGAGUAAAAUCGUCUGGUGUUGCACAGAGUAAAAUUGUCUGGCAUUAGACAGCACAAAAUAGUCUACAAAUUUAACCCUUUAAGUGGUAAUGCGCCCUACUUUAUUAUUUUACUCUGUCUAACGCCAGACGAUUUUACUUGUCAGUGGGAGAGUGCUGCCACUCAAUGGGUUAAACAGAGUAGAAUUGUCUGGCAUUAGACAGAGUAAAAUUGUCUAUAAAUUUACUAAUCUGGACCAGGCUUAUUACCCAUUAAGUUGUAUUAGUGUUCCCCAAUUUUGCCUCCUCUAUUAUUUUACUCCAUCUAAUGUCAGACAAUUUUACUCAUCAAUGAGAGUAAUGGCCUGGUGUGUCUAAUUUUAAUGGUUUGUGUGUCUGAUUUUAAAGUGGAAGUCAAGUCCGUAAUGUAAACAAACAGUUUGUUUAGAUUUUGAACUGCUGUAUUUUUUAAAAUAUGAUGUACUGUCUGAAUAUCUAACACUAUUUUGGUUCGCUAUGCUUCUAAAUGAAUAUGAAAUAGAGUUUAUGUUCAGAAAAAUUCGAAACAUUCGAAAUUUGGGCAAUUUUCACAUUCAAGGUCCUCACAUUCUUAUGAGCAGAACCGAUGGGCAGAACAGACUUGACUUCCACUUUAAGCAAUAAAUAUGAAUAAAGUUCCUUUGACUGCAGGCGUGGUUGAACUCGAAACGGGAAGAGGAGAAAGAGAGAAGGAAAACAGCGUCAAAAGAGAGCCAUGAAGAAGAUGGAAGCCGAUCUACCGAUUCUCAGAAAGCGUUCAAAGUAUGGAAGGCUUCCAAGAAGAAACAAGAAAAUGUCGAGCGAGAAGCUGCCACAAGACGAAUGCAAGAAACAGCGUCGAUGUACGUUGUACACGAUCGGGGCGCUUGUGAGGAGGCUUUUAGAAGGUAACGCUGGUUAAACUAACUAAACUAACUCUACUAAAACUGGAUAGCUCUAUCAGUUCUAAACUGUUCUCCCUAGAGGACCCGGCCAGUAACAAUCAUCAGUGAUCAAGUGUUACUACAGGAGGAAGCCUAAACUAAUUUCAUUAUUUUGGUUGCAUCAGAUGGUUAAAAAAGAAGAAGAAUGAAAAGAAAACAAAAGACUUGGAGAAAAAGAAACGAUUAAAACAUAAAUCAAGACGAAAGCCCAAAGAACCAUUGCCAAUAAACUCUGAUAAAAUAAGGUAGGCUUAGGGCAUUAUUUCCUAGCCGUGUUUCCCGAAGGUGGACAAACCAGGAAACAUUGUUUCCUAGACAUGUUUCCCAAAGGUGGACAAACCAUGAAACAUUGUUUCCUAGCCAUGUUUCCCAAAGGUGUACAAACCAGGAAACAUUGCUUCCUUGGCUAGUCAUGUUUCCCAAAGGUCAACAAACCUGGAAACAUUGUUUCCUAGCCAUGUUUCCUGAAGAUCGUCAGAAAUAUAUUUCUGUGGAAUAAAACUAUUUCUGAGUGAGGUCUGAUAUUUAAAUUACUAAAAAAUACUAUUAUUUUCCAACCUAGAUUUACAGACAACUAUGGAUAUCGAAACACGGUGGUCUAUUAAACUUAUUAGAGCUGCUCCCGAUUAUUUUUCCACAAUCGAUUAUGCUUAAUAGGAAUCGGAUCAUCUAUAACGCCACACAGCGUGAUGUGGGAAUAAGUUAAUUUCCUUCCAGAUUAACCCAUUAAGCUGCUGAGCUUCCCAGUGAUGAGUAAAAUCAUCUGGCAUAGGACAAAUAAAAAGAAUAGUAGUUAAAAACAUUGCUACAAGAUUGUGUGACUUUGCGUUGAUUCAAAACAUUGUGGGUCAAAUAUCAAUUAAACUUUAUACUGACUGAUGCAAUCCCAAAAAAUUUAGUAAAAAGUAAUAUUUUGUCAUAUUUUAUAUGUCAAUACGAUUAAUCGAUAUUAAUCAAUUGUUGACAAUGAUUAAUCGAUUGCAAAAAUUAACCGUUGGGAGCAGCUCUAAAACUUGUGAUAGUAGAAUUGCUGCGAUAACCCCAAUAUGAGUUCUGGUAUGUGUAAUAUUUGGACCAUGGGACUAAUCUACUACUAUAAAGAUAUACUACUAGUGAGUCUAUCUUUAUAGGUAGUAGUAUAUCUUUAUAGGUAGUAGUAUAUCUUUAUAGGUAGUAGUAUAUCUUUAUAGGUAGUAGUAUAUCUUUAUAGGUAGUAGUAUAUCUUUAUAGGUAGUAGUAUAUCUUACUACAGUAACUAUAAAGAUAUACCACUACCUAUAAAGAUAUACCACUACCUAUAAAGAUAUACCACUACCUAUAAAGAUAUACCACUACCUAUAAAGAUAUGCCACUACCUAUAAAGAUAUACCACUACCUAUAAAGAUAUACCACUACCUAUAAAGAUAUACCACUACCUAUAAAGAUAUACCACUACCUAUAAAGAUAUACCACUACCUAUAAAGAUAUGCCACUACCUAUAAAGAUAUACCACUACCUAUAAAGAUAUACCACUACCUAUAAAGAUAUACUACUACAUUACGCAUCUUAGAAUAUUAAACCCAAAUAUUACACGUGCAAAAACCAUAUCUGGGGUUAGUGGCUUUUAUGAAAUAUAUAGAGAGUUCAUAUAUAUCACAGAUUGAGUGUAUUUUUAGUUGAUAUUUAUAAAUUAAGCUAAUAUAUUAUAUGUGCACAUUAUGUUCCAAUAGUUAUGCAUAUGUAAGAAAAUUAAAGGUAUACAUAAAUUCAUGUUUUAAUUAUUGUAUUAUUUAUAAAGUAUCUAUCGCAAGGUUAAAAUCUUAGCAAAUUAGGGCAAGUAGUUUAUCAGAAGAUAGGUUUGCAAAAUACUGGGGGUGAAAAUCUCUUAGCUCGUCAACAAGAUGUGUUCGUACUGCUUGGGCCCAGUUGUUGACAAGUCUGGAACAAGUUGUUAUCAUCUUGUAACGAGGUUGACGAGGCCAACAGACUCGCAACAAGUUGUUCCAACAAGUCUGAUAUCGUCUGCACGUAACAAGUUGUUAACAAGUUGAUGACAACAAGCUCGUAGCAACUUGUUACGAACAGCCUGUAUUAGUCUUGUUGGAACAACUUGUACACUCUAAAAACACUCUGGUUAAAUUCAACCAGGAAUUGGGUUAAUAAUCCACCCAACACAUUCUGGUUAAAUUUAACCCAUUUACUGGUUAAAAAUUAUCAAUUCAACAAAAAUUUGGUACACUUUUUUGGACUUUUAACCAGGAAAAUGGUUAAUUUUUUUUAACCAGACUUGUGUAGGUGGAUUUUUAACCCCGUACUGGUUGAAUUAACCCAAAUUUAACCAGAGUGUUUUUAGAGUGUAGCAAGUCUGUUACCAUCAUCAACCGAAAAUGUCAGUUCUUGAAAACUUGCAAAAGACAAUUUUUAUCAACAACACAUUAUAAAUAUUAAGAGGUCGCAUUUUAUAUUUUGUAUGUUUAAUACACGCGCUCAAAACUCAGCUUUUCAAUUAGCGAAGAUAAAAAGGAAAAAAUGUUUAAAGUUAGUAAGUUUUGCUUAUAUUGCUAUGCAUAUAUAGCAUCAAUAUCAUUACUAGUUGUAUUUCAUUGGCAUUUUUAGCUUUAUUUUAUGUUUCCAAACCUGUAUAUGCAUUUAAAAAGGUUAUAGCUUUGCGUAUCAGGGAACGCCCAAACCAUUUUAGGUAAAAUUGCUCUCAACAAAACUUUUUAAAUUAAUGGCUGAACUGAAUAUAAACCUGACUUAAUCUGUUAAACACAUGGAUGGCAUAAACCUGUUACUAGAUUGGAAUAAACCCCGCGAAAAGCUGCCAUACUACCGUUCAACAAGAAUAGCUCGUGAAAGGACAUUGGCAAUAAAAAAAUAGUUUAGUUCAUUUGAAAGAACUCUACAUAUUAAACUCUAUUACAGAUUGUUUAUAUCUUGCUUAGUUUUCAUAAUAUUUUGACUGAAAAAAGUGAGCUGUUCGCCAUCUUGGAUUAUUGAGGAUAUGCAUGUACGUCAAGAGAGGGGUCACGCUAAUGUUUUAUCUUGAGAGUAAGCGAUUAAUAUGGGUCCAAAACUUCGUUUCUGGUUGCUGUCUGAAAUUUAAAAAUGAUUAAAAACAUUUCAAACAAUUUUGGAUUGUUACUCGGUCAUUUUAGAGUAGUUUUAUAUGGUUAACCCAACUCCUGACGUCAUCAAAACCAUAGUUAAUGAGGUCAAGAAUUAGUCCAAGAUAGCUCAUUAAUUUAGGUUUAAAUAUUUCGAGAACCAAGCAAGAUAUGACAAAUCGGCAAUACAGAGUAUAAUAUAUAAUUUUAAGAGUUCUUUUGAAUGAGACAAACUGAUUUUUUAUUGCCAAUGUCCUUUAAUCUGUUAAACCCAUGGAUGGCAUAAACCUGUUAAUAAAUUGGAAUAAACCCCGCCUACCAGAAAGAAAAAAUAUUAUAACCCAGCAUAAAUUGGCGAAUUUAUAGCGGCGUAUUACUGCUCGGCAGUAUUAUAAAGUGGUGUAUGAACUUAGCACGUCUCUGCACCUGUUGCGAAAGUUGUUUUCCUGACAACGGUUCCAUAUUUGGAGGGGGGCGUAGCAUUAUUGCCCCAAAUAUCGUCGCUGAAAGAGAAAUCAUAACUAUAAUAAAUUCUAAAGCUACUAUAUAUGUACCUUACAAUUGUAUUAAAUACUUGUACUCAUUUUCGC